AAAACAAAACAAAACAAAAAAAACUUGUAAAACUACAACGCAACAAAUGAAAUUCCGUCCACGUAACGAGUUUGUAAAGGAUAGAACUGCCAUACCUUCCAUUCGCAGUCUCUGGAAACGCUUCCAUGGAUUGGAAGCAGAAGGGAAGGCCGAAAGGAGGUGGAAGUUGUCGAAUAUUACAAGCGCGAUGGGAAUGGUACCGGUCUAGUCGGUUCUUGAUCGUGCCACCGUAAGCCACGAUUUUGUUCAAUCCGAUAGUGUCACUGAAAGGGUACAUACAUCGUUCCAAAUCAAAGGUCUUAGGUGUGUGUGUGUGAAAUAUCGGCCUUUAGAUAGCCGAUACGAAACAAGUCUAAAACGGCUUAAAGAUGAGCUGUAAUUGCCCUUUGACCACAGCCACUGGGCCAACAUUGGCCUCCACUUGUGGUGGACCAUCGUUUAUGCUUUUUAUGGGUCUCCUUGAAGUGUUCCUUCGAAGUCAGUGCGACCUUGAAGAUCCCUGUAAUAGACCUAUACCUCCGAAAAACGUAAAUAUGAGGUAAGCCGAUUGCUGUGCUCCGUUAAACGCAAUUACUAGCUAGGAUAUGAGUCAAGGACAAACGAAAGAACAUUACUCAUCUAAGAAUUCAUCGUUUUCUUUGAUGGUCAGCCGAUAACGAAAUAACUCGUUAAAAGAAGGCUAUCAUGUACAUAACUUAACUAUCUCACUUUUCUUCAAAAUGUACUAUGUACUUACGUAGAUAGAUAUAAAAAAGACACUUGCAAAUCAUUCUUCGAUCAUACCAAGGAACUCCCACCAUAUCUCGUUCUUUCGAAAAAUCUCGAGAAAGAAAAACGAAGGACGCUUCUGCGAUCUCACAACGAAGAUGAAGUUAAUUGUCACCUGGCACUGUUCACGUAAUACUAGCUGUGGAAAUUUUCUUCUUUUAACGAGACAACAACCUCUCUCUCUUUCUCUCUCUCUCUCUCUCUCUCUCUCUCUCUCUCUCUCUCUCUCUCUCCUUCUCUGUCUCUGUUCUGUCUAUGUUCUGUCUCUGCCUGUCUCUAUCUCUCUAUCUUUUUCUCCAUCUCUCCUUUUCUCCCUAUUUCCUUCUUUGUCUCCCUUCCUUUCUUUUCCUUUUUUCUCGGUCUCUCGGAAGUAAGCACUCAUGCACACGCAGCCAUGAAAUUCUUUCGUUGUGUACUCUUAAGAUGUGCUUCAGGGUAUUGUUUAGAUGAGUGAAUCUCUUCUUACAUCACGUCGAGACGGUGCAUCGAACGAGUAAUGUAAUACAGAAUAUGGUAUCAGCUCUUCGUAAGAUUCUUUGUUAAUAUGAACGUGAAAAAGGAAAGUGGAAAUAUUCAAGCGUCUAUCAUCGACGGUAUACUUGAAACGUAGAGUAGAUAGUUGACCUUGAUCUAACGAAUUUGUAGUACGCGUUUUCACUUUUUCUAACGAGUUCUCAAAGUGAAUAUUGCUUUGGUAUAACCGAUUAUAUCGUAUUACUCUGUGCCAGAAAAAAUAAUCAUUGAUUUGCUGUUUAUGCAAUAUGAGUUCUAAGUUCAUGAUUGCCAUCACCCCUUACGUUCACGUUAUACAAAUGAAUAAGAAAGUAUGUCAUUGACUGUAGAUAUGCGAUUACACAUGGGCGUGUACGUGUUAUUGCACUCGAUCGUAACAUUCCGUGACCACUCGAGAUGAUCAGCUAGCAAAGUCAUGGGAAAAUCACCUUUCGCCCAGCUGGAACAAAUCCAAUCCUUCGUUCAAUCCAAUUUCGUGUUCACGUUUCAUGAAGAAAUAAGAUCCUAACCGAUUACAUGAGAGAUCCUGCGGUAGACGAGGUAAUAAAGUACAAGAAGCAUUUGUACGAGAAUAUAUGUUUCGUUUUUAGAUACGACUUUGUGGUGAUAGGAGGAGGUAGUGCUGGAGCAGCAGUAGCAGCGAGAUUAUCAGAGGAACCAAGAUUUUCUGUAUUAUUGUUAGAGGCUGGUUUAGACGAGCCAACUGGUACACAAAUUCCAUCAUUCUUCUUCAAUUUUCUUGGAAGCGAUAUCGAUUGGCAAUAUAUGACGGAGAGCGAGGAUCAAGCAUGUUUGAAUAAAGACGAUAGAAAAUGUUACUGGCCAAGAGGAAAAGUUCUCGGAGGUACCAGCGUUAUGAACGGAAUGACCUACAUGAGAGGCUCCAGAAAGGACUACGACGACUGGGCCAGAAUGGGUAACGUCGGCUGGUCUUAUCAGGACGUCCUACCAUAUUUCAUAAAAAGCGAGGAUAAUCUUCAAGUGUACAACAUGGAUAUCGGUUAUCACGGAGUUGGAGGACCACUCACGGUUACGCAAUUCCAUUAUCAUCCUCCUUUGAGCUACGCCCUUCUCGAAGCUGGGAAAGAACUUGGAUACGACACAGUGGAUUUGAACGGACGAACACACACCGGAUUUGCCAUAGCGCAAACGACCUCGAGAAACGGUUCUCGACUUUCCACGGCUCGAGCCUUUCUUCGUCCCGCUAGGAAUCGUCCAAAUCUUCACAUCAUGUUGAACUCCACAGCAACAAAGAUUCUCUUUGACAAUAAUAAGAGGGCAGUUGGUGUGGAAUUCGUUCACGAUGGAAAGUUAAAUCGAGUAUCAGUCGCGAAGGAAGUCGUUGUAAGCGGAGGUGCCGUUAACUCACCUCAGAUACUUCUAAACAGUGGCAUUGGGCCACGAGAUGAACUGAAUGCCGUCGGUGUACCCGUAAUUCAUGAUCUUCCCGGAGUUGGCAAGAAUUUGCACAAUCAUGUCGCCUACGCAUUGACUUUCACGAUAAAUGACACUGACACUACUCCGCUUAAUUGGGCUACUGCUAUGGAAUAUCUACUCUUCAGAGACGGACUCAUGUCUGGCACAGGUAUAUCGGAGGUAACAGCAAUGGUCAAUACGAAAUACUCUAAUUCGAGAGAAGAUCAUCCAGACGUUCAGCUUAUUUUUGGUGGUUAUCUGGCGGACUGUGCUGAAACAGGCAUGGUUGGGGAGAAGAAAGGGACAAAUCGUACUAUUUACAUUAUCCCCACUUACUUGCAUCCCAAGAGCCGUGGCUAUCUUCGUUUACGCAACAACGAUCCCGUAUCGAAACCUUUAAUCUAUCCAAAGUACUUGUCCCACCCGGACGACAUAGCUGGAUUAGUCGAAGCCAUUAAAUUCUCGAUUAGACUAUCAGAAACGCAAGCCCUAAAGCGAUAUGGUUUCCAAUUGGAUCGUACACCAGUGAAAAAUUGUCAACAUUUGAAAUUUGGAUGUGACGCGUAUUGGGAAUGUGCUGUGAAACACGAUACAUCACCUGAAAAUCAUCAGGCUGGUUCCUGCAAAAUGGGUCCAGAAGAAGAUCCCUUCGCUGUCGUAGACAAUCAAUUAAGAGUGCGAGGUGUACGAGGUGUUAGAGUAGCCGACACUAGUAUCAUGCCAAAGGUCACUUCUGGCAAUACGAAUGCUCCAGCCAUUAUGAUAGGCGAAAGGGCAGCUGACUUUAUCAAAAGAACGUGGAUCGGUUGAAUGUUAUCAAAUUCUGAAUAUAAGUUUGAUACGAACGUUAGUUGAAGAUAGAUCACGAAUGGUUAUUUUAGAUAGAAAGAAAGGUUUAACCUGUUCUUAAGAUAUUUGUUAAUUAAUGACGGUGACACGAAUAUUGACAUCGAUCGGAUUUUUGUCGAUCGAAUUUUUUACGAAAUCAAAAAAUACUCUAAGUAAUAUACUCGUAUUUCGCCUAAGCGAAUUCGCGUUUGUUAAUUACAAAAUAAAUAUGCAGCAAAUAUAUAGGACGAAAUGAUAUGUUUUUAAUAUUCUUUAAAGUAUGCUCGAGUUACGCUAGUCUCUUAAUUUACUUUACGCGCAUAUAAAUUUAAAAAAAAAAAAAAAGAAAAAAAAUAACUAACUAAUUCCACUUAAACGUAGUUCGCUCGAGUAACUCUUAAUAAAAUGAGUUCGCACAUCUUGUAAGUAAGUAUGAUUAGUAUACUGCCAAGAGACCAGUUUACUUCCCCUUCGGGGAUAUAAACUUGAGCAAGCCUCUUACUCUCCUUAAAGUAGCUACGUUCAUCCAAGAGGGUCAAAUUUCAAAUAGAAAACGAGUAUAUAAAUAAAAGAAAAUAAAAGAAAAAUAUUACAAGA